AGUUUAUCCAAACAGGGAAACCCCCUGCCUGCCCCCGAAGCACGCAAAACAUUGCAUUAAACCCUAAACCGCCAGCCGUAAAGGUUUAUGGAAUCGGUGGAAACUCGGUGAUUCUUGCCAAACACGAUGGCUUCAUUUUUUCGCUGAUUAUUAUCAUUAUUAUUAUUCUUUUAUGUUCUUUUAAUUUUGGAUUGUAAAAUUUGUUUUCGAUUCCAAAUGCGAAGUUACAGCUGGCUAGGACUCCAAAGCAACUGUAUCUAUCUCGUGUUGAUAAGUUAUUGGGCAAUUUAUGCUGUGCAGUGCCGGCGGCAUUUGCUAUCAUCCACCGCCGUUGAUCGUGGAGAUCGCCUUCGAAAACUCUCGUCGUUUUCUGAUCGAUUUUUGAACAGUUGCGGCCAUUCUAUUAGCAAACCUCCUGAUUUCGGAACUACAGAAACUCAUUUGAUUAAACGGAGAUACAUUCAUGCCACAGGAAGUUGUAAUGCUAAGGAACGCAGUUUUUACGAAAUUCUUGGUGUUUCUGAAAAUGCUAGAAGAGAAGAUAUCAAAACGGCUUUUCAUUUGCUUGCAAAGAAGUACCAUCCGGAUGCAAAUAAAAAUAGUGCUAGUGCGAAAAGGAAAUUUCAAGAGAUUAGGGAAGCCUACGAGACGCUGCAAGAUUCUGAGAAGAGGGCACAAUAUGAUGCGAUGCGUACUGGAGGUUUGAAUUAUGGUGCUGAUAGUGCUGAGGGAUAUGGUGCUGAUGAUGCAGCGGGAUUUAGAUAUGGUGCUGGUAAUGCAGGGGGAUUUAGAUAUGCUUAUCAAACUAAUUUCUCUAAUUCAUUCCAUAAAAUAUUCUCUGAGAUCUUUGAAGAUGAGGCCAAUCAUUUUGCAUCUGAUAUUCAGGUGGACCUAGUUCUCUCCUUUUCUGAAUCUGCUAGAGGAUGCACAAAGCAUGUGACUUUUGAUGCAUAUGUUCCGUGUGAUUCUUGUGAUGGUCAUGGCUAUCCGGCAAAUGCCAAAGCAAGCAUUUGUCCUACUUGCAGAGGUGUAGGGAAAGUUACAAUUCCUCCAUUUACAUCAACUUGCAGCCAUUGUAGAGGAUUUGGCCGGAUAAUUAAGGAACACUGUACGUCAUGUAGAGGAUCAGGGGUUGUUGAAGGCAUUAAGGAUGUUAAAGUUACAAUACCAGAAGGUGUGGGUUCUGGAGAUACAAUCCGUGUGCCAGAAGCUGGUAAUACAGGGGGACGGGGAAGUCGAUCUGGCAACUUAUUCAUUAAUCUUAAGGUUGCUAAUGAUCCUGUAUUUGCUAGAGAAGGUGCAGAUGUUUAUGUUGAUGCUAAUAUUAGUUUUACACAAGCAAUUCUUGGUGGUAAGGUUGAAGUACCAACAUUGUCAGGGAAGACACAAGUAAAUAUACCAAAGGGAGUUCAGCCAGGUCAACUUGUGGUACUACGAGGCAAAGGUCUACCAAAGCAUGGUUUUCUUGUAGAUCAUGGAGAUCAAUAUGUGCGGUUUUGCAUUAACUUCCCCACUGCAAUUAAUAAGCGCCAACAUGCUAUUUUGGAAGAAUUUGCCAAGGAAGAGAUAAAUAAUGAAAAUGACACUUCCAAUGAAGGAAACUGGUGGCAGCAACUUCUUGAACGGGUGACGGAUCCUAGGUUUAUGCUAAAAUUUUCUAUGCUCAUGCUAAUCCUGCUGUUCUUUAACAAAACCAUGAUUUGAAAGCUGGCUCACGGUGGCUGCUGGAGAUACGUGCACCAAUUAUGCUGUCAUCUGUCGUGGAGCUUGACUUUUAUCAAUAGAAGGGAUAAAAAUUCAGAUUACUUGCAAGCAGUGGAACAAAAAACGUGCACUCUUUUAUUUCCCCAUUCGAUGCAAAUGAUGCCGUUGUAGGUGUGGAAGAAUGACAAAUACACUAUUUGAUGGGCAGACAUGCUUCAUCAUGGAAGAGAUGGAUACUAUUGGAGCCUCUCUCUCUCCCCCAUGCUGGUGGAUGAAAUGGAGGGAUUGCUUUACCAAUAAUGGGAACACUACCUCACGGAGCUGGGCCUUGCUCAUGACUGCGGUGAUUUAAAUAUGCCAGAAUGAUAUACAUACCUUCUUUUUUUAUUUUUUUGAAGUAUUUUGUCUGAAAUUAUACGAGGGUCAUGGUGUGUACAAGAGCAUGAACAUGCUAAUCUGACCUAAGAUUGUCCAUUGUAAUUCAGACAGUUGGAGCCCAGUGAGAAGCUUCCAAUGUAUCUCAGAACGGGGUAUUUGUCCGUCUAAAAGCAUAAUUUCUGCUGCUCCCAGUUCAAGUAUAAUCAACUUGGUACCUAGUUUCUUCCUCCA